AUGGCGGCCUCCCAAUCUCCACCCUGGAGGAUCAAGAACUCGGGGCCUCGCUUCUCAGUGACCAUCCAACACAUGAAGAGCAAGAAGACCCUAGAUUUUGCAGCAAAUGCAUGGUUCUCUCAAAUGCAUGCUGAGGGGGAUGUUGUCUGUGAGCUUCCUGUAGUACAACAAGGACAAGCCAUUUUUCCAUUAGUGAGAUACCAUGUUGAUGUCCAUACUGGGCAAUUGAAGCGAGCAGAAACAGAGUCUGAAGUUUCCCUGUGUCUCUGUGGAGAGAGGGGAGACUCUGGUCUUAGACUACUGGACAAAUCUAACAUGCCAGUAAAAUUUCGAAGAGGACAGACCGAUACAUUUCAAGUGGAAGCAGUGUCACUUGGAAAACUGCAGAAGGUGCUGUUGCGCUGCGAGGCCAGUGAGGAAUCCCAGUACUGGUAUUGUGAGAAGGUCGUGGUCAGAGAACCUGGCACUGCAUCUGAGUCCGUCUUCACCUGUGAAAGAUGGCUUCCCUUUAUGUCUCAGGGCAUAAUUCAUUCAGAAAUUGAACUUUAUCUUCAAGAAAUGCAAAUAAAUCAUCAACCUAAAAUACAAGAGGAAGCAACUGAAGGAGAUUGGAAGGUGACCGUUGUCACUGGGGAUCUUGAAAAUGCCGGCACCACGGCGACAGUAUCCCUUUAUGUCUAUGGAGAAGCAACAUGUUCAGGUCCUAUUAUUUUGGGAUCUGGGAAAUAUCAGCUGUUUAAUCCUAACAGUGCAGAUAUAUUCAAGAUUAAUCUUAAAGAUAUUGGUGAAAUCUAUAAAGUACGCAUCGGACAUGACAACAGUGGAAAGGAUCCCGCGUGGUAUCUGGAAGAAAUUAGUCUUGAGGAUAUAGACACAUGUGAGGUGUUUUGUCUAGCUGUUGACUCCUGGAUAGCUGAGAAUGAAAAUGGUGGCAAUCUAUGGAAAGAAAUGCCCAUUGCAAGAACUAAUAAAGCACCUUUACCAGUGGUGGUUUAUGAGAUCUACAUGUACACGGGCAGGAAGCCAGGUGCAGAGACAGAGUCUAAUGUGCUUAUCAACCUCAUUGGCACCAGAGGAGAUUCAGGUAACCGAAGGCUUCAUCAAUCCCAAAAUAACAAAGUCAAGUUUCGGCGUGGACAGGUUGAUAUUUUUUCCAUCGAGGCAGUGUCUCUUGGAAAACUGAAGAAAGUUCUGAUUAGUCACGAUGGGACAGGUCCAGGUAAUGGAUGGUUUCUUGAGAGUAUUGUUGUUAAAUCUGAAGAGGAAGAUGGCAUUCAAGAGGUGCUGUUUCCAUGCAACCGAUGGCUAGAUGAGUACCAAGAUGAUGGCAGGACUGAACGAGUAUUGUUCGCAGAAAGUAGCUACCAUGAAGGAGGAGACUGA